CAAGCAUGGCUCUGUGGUAAUAGAAUAGCCCAUGUAAUUUGACACUUCAACUUGCCGUGCACUACGUUAGUUGAUUCAGACAGUCACACUAACGAAACGCCGUGCGCUUUUUCCCUCACUGGUUGUAAAGUGCGAGAGGAGAAAACGGGACACAACUUUAAACCCAGGAGCAUUUUCAGCGCGGUUUUGCGACUGGACGUGAAAGUGCGGUGGACCCUAGUGUAGACGGGAGCUCGCCAAGGGACCUUCCCCACGGACUAUAUGAAGGGAGGGGAAGGGGGAGGGGGGGCUGCUGACGUGACUCCCCGUUUGCCGAGCAUAAGAUCACUUCGAUGAUUGAUGAGGACAUGUGAGUGAAUUUGCCAAACCCUGAACGAAGAAAUCUACUGCAUCCUCUGAGAAAAGAACUUUAAUGGCUUCAAGGUAGAGAGGAGGAGGCAGCAGUCAAGAUGAACUCGAUUCCUUCGAUGGACAGGCACAUACAGCAGACCAAUGACAGGCUGCUGUGCAUCAAACAGCACUUACAGAAUCCCGCCAAUUUCCAGACGGCGGCCACAGAGCUAUUGGACUGGUGCGGAGACCCACGAGCCUUCCAGCGGCCCUUUGAGCAAAGCCUGAUGGGAUGUUUGACGGUUGUAAGCCGGGUUGCAGCACAGCAGGGUUUCGACUUGGACCUCGGCUAUCGGCUCCUGGCCGUGUGCGCGGCCAACCGCGACAAGUUCACCCCGAAGUCAGCAGAAACCACCACCUGCAGGAGAUGUCAGAGUGACACAGCUCUCCUGUCAUCCUGGUGCGAGGAGCUGGGUCGGCUGCUCUUGUUGCGGCAUCAGAAGAAUCGUCAGAGCGAUCCACAGGGAAAAGUGCCCCUGCAGCCGCCUAUGAACUCCAUGAAGCCCUCGCUCUCUCAUGGUGAUGGGUCCUUUCCAUAUGACAGCGUUCCCUGGCAACAGAACUCUAACCAGGCCCCAGGUUCGUUGUCGGUGGUUACGACGGUGUGGGGAGUUACCAACACGUCACAGAGUCAAGUAUUGGGUAACCACAUGGCCAAUACCAACAACCCCAUGAACCCUGGGGGUAAUGCACUGGGGUCGGGUAUGUCAGCCAACAACCAAGGGAUCAACUCACCUCAGUUCCCUGGCCAACAGCAACAGUUUGCGGCCAAAGGGGGAUCCAACCAGGCGUACAUGCAGCAAGGCAUGUAUGGUCGUCCAGUGCACCCCGGAGGAGGAGGCUUUGGUGGAAGUUACCCGGGUGGGCCGAAUGCACCAGGUGGGAUAGGCAUGCCCCCUCACACGCGACCCCCUUCUGACUUCACACAACCUGCUGCGGCCGCGGCCGCCGCUGCUGUUGCUGCAGCUGCGGCCACGGCAACAGCCACCGCCACAGCUACCGUGGCAGCCAUGCAAGAAACUAACAAAGAUAUAAACCAGUACAACCAGGUCUGCUCCUCUUUCCAGAUGGGCCCUACGCAAGGCUACAACAGCCAGUUCAUGAACCAGCCUGGGCCACGUGGCCCUCCGUCUAUGCCAGGAGGCAUGAACCCGGGUAUGGGUGCUGGCAUGAAUAGUUCCAACAUGAGUGGACCGCCUAUGGGCAUGAACCAGCCCAGAGGGCCCAGUAUGGUGCCCUUCGGUGGCCAUGGCCAACGGAUGCCCCAGCAGGGUUACCCUGGCCCCAGACCUCAAUCCAUGCCAAUGCAGGGAACAAAGAGGCCGUAUCCAGGAGAGCCCAAUUAUGUAGGUCAGCAGUUUGGUCCCAAUGGUCAGUUUCCCAACCAGCAGGGGCAGUACCCUAAUCCAAAUGCUUCUCGAGCUCUUCCUUCUCCCAACUACCCUGGACAAAGGAUGCCGGGACAGCAGGGCUCUGGCCAGUACCCUCCCACGGGUGUAACAAUGAGCCAAUACUAUAAGCAAGAACCAUUUAAUGGUCAGAAUAACAAUUUCUCCGGCGGCGGUUAUGGAUACAAUCAAGGAAAUGGGCCGCCUCGGCAGGUUGUGAACUACCCCCACUCGCCGGUACCCGGGAACCCUACGCCACCCAUGACUCCAGGAAGUAAUAUCAAUCAGUACAUGUCACCCAGUCAGGACAUCAAGCCUCCAUUUCCUCCAGACAUGAAGCCGAACAUGACGUCUUUGCCUCCACCUCCAACUAAUCCCAACGAGGAGCUGCGCUUGACGUUCCCCGUGAGGGAUGGAGUUGUGCUGGAACCCUUCAGACUAGAGCACAACCUGGCUGUCAGUAACCACGUCUUCCAUCUGCGCCCCUCCGUCCACCAGACUCUUAUGUGGAGAUCUGAUUUGGAGCUGCAGUUUAAGUGCUACCACCACGAGGACCGACAAAUGAACACCAACUGGCCCGCUUCCGUCCAAGUCAGCGUCAAUGCCACACCUCUUACUAUCGAGAGAGGCGAGAAUAAAACAUCCCACAAACCCCUUCACCUGAAACACGUGUGUCAGCCUGGAAGAAACACCAUCCAGAUCACUGUCACAGCGUGCUGUUGUUCUCACUUGUUCGUGCUGCAGCUGGUCCACAGGCCGUCGGUGAGAUCUGUCCUGCAGGGUCUUCUAAAGAAAAGGCUUCUUCCUGCUGAGCACUGCAUCACCAAAAUUAAAAGAAACUUUAGUAGUGUAGUCGCGUCCUCCGGGAACGCAACACUAAAUGGGGAGGAUGGAGUGGAGCAGACAGCCAUCAAAGUGUCUCUAAAGUGUCCAAUCACAUUCCGUCGGAUCCAACUUCCUGCUAGGGGACAUGACUGCAAACAUGUGCAGUGCUUUGAUUUGGAGUCGUAUCUACAGCUGAACUGUGAGAGAGGAACGUGGAGGUGUCCUGUAUGCAAUAAAACAGCGUUAUUGGAAGGACUUGAAGUGGAUCAGUAUAUGUGGGGAAUUCUCAAUGCUAUUCAAAAUUCAGAGUUUGAAGAGGUUACCAUCGACCCUUCGUGUAGUUGGAGGCCAGUACCCAUAAAGUCUGACAUUCAUAUAAAGGAGGACCCAGAUGGCCCUCUCGCCAAGCGUUUUAAAACCAUGAGUCCCAGUCAAAUGAUCAUGCCUAAUGUGUUGGAUAUGAUCGCCCAGCUGGGUCCCGGCCCUUCGCCCUACACCCCAUUCCCCCCUCAUCACGGAGGAAAUAACGGCGACUAUGGAGGUCAAGGUAGAGGCAAUAGUUACCAGGGCCAUGGAAACUUUGACUUCACCCACAGUAACUCUGGUGGCGGAGCUCCCAUGAAUGACUUCAUGCACGGACCCCAGCUCUCACAUCCACCAGACAUGCCCAACAGCCUCAUGGCUUCUGACAAGCCUCUCACCCACGGCAUGCCCGACUCGAUGUCCCAUCCCGUGAGCGUUGAUCAAUCCCAUGCUUCCAUGCAGCCAGGCAUGCACGCAUCCCCCCAUCCCAACAGCCAGUCAGCUCAGCCAUUGCACCACGGCCCCCCAUCGUCCCAGCCCCCACGCCAGCCUCCGCCCCCACAGCAGCCCGGCCAAAACAGUCACCCGCAUGCCGAUAUGACCUUCAACCCUGAUGGGCAGGCAGGUGGCCAGGGACCUGCAGACAUGCCCGAGCCUUCGCUAGAUCUUCUGCCAGAACUAGCGAACCCAGACGAGCUGCUGUCAUACUUGGAUCCCCCUGACCUCCCGAGCAGCAGCAACGACGAUCUGCUCUCCCUCUUUGAGAACAACUGACUUCCCUAGCUUGGCCUUUCCGAGUGGCCCUAAUUUGUUUGGCUGUCAGGAAUCGAGAGGCACCCUGCGGACAGACUGUGUAUUUUGCGAACAGGAAACAGCCAUCCUUUUGCCUCCUCCUCAUGUAAAUAUCUCACUGUUUUACAAGCAACCUUUUCCACACGUGUAUGGCAGCCAUGUUGGCUGGCACUAAAGUGAUAUCUUUCAAUACUAACGGAAAUACAUGUGCAGCUAAAAUCUGUUCAUACGAUGACAUCACACAGGACCGUCUGUGCGCUCACUAGGAAAGUAUUGUAGCAUUUUUAAUUCAGAUUUUUUUUCCUUUUGUGAAAAAGACCUGAAUAGAAAAAUAUAUAUAAAUAUAUAUAUAUUUCUUCCUGUAAUGACCUCUGUGUGUCCGCAAUCUCUUGAACGUUCGUUCUUCCAAGCUCUACCACCACGGCUUCCCGAAUCCUUGUCAAAAGUCCUCAGCCGGAUGUUCGCACUAGUUAUCUGUCCAUCUCCCUUGAAAAAGCACAAGAGAACUGCGUUGAACUGCACCUGGAAGCUCCUGUGAAGGAAACAACAAAGGGAAGAAAGCUGUUCUCACAAUCACCAGAAUGAUGUAACGCUCCCAUCCCAAAGACUUAUGAUGGGAAAGUCCUCCAACAGUUCCUAACUCUCAUUUGCGCAAUUUGGCACGUCAUCAAACGCAUCUUUUCUAGUAAACAUUGCAGCACCUCGUUUUGUAACGCGUUUCAUACGUCCGCCACCUUCAGGCAAAGUUAAACAAAUGCUAGAGGGCAUCACAACAAGCAUUUUUUUCCUUCAAGGCAAACAUUUCUGCACUGUACCUUUGGCAUUGUGCAUCUUCCGACAGAUUGUACUUCCCCCUGUAAUGUCCUCUACGUACUAGAAGAAAACAAUUCACUUUCCAAAGAGUAGUCAGUCUUGUGUUACCUUCACUGUCAUCUGCCUUUGAGAUGAUCCUCCUUGCAUGAGGUUUGGUCUUCUUAGGCUCUUGAUGACCGUACCCCACUUUCUACAAACUGCAUACAAUGUUUGGACGUCUGAUGUUGCAAGUCGCCCCUUAUUUUAGCAAUGGUUUCAUGUUAUGAUUUUUUUAUUCAUGAACUGUUAAAUAUUGAUUUUAUAAUGCACAAUUAUAUUGUUCACAUUAUGGUCAUAUAUUUCCUGUUUUUACAAAAUGUGUACAUUUUUCAAAAAAUGUCCAUGAAUUACCAAAGUUAAGCACCCUGAUUUGGGAAGGUUACACCCAUUUUCAAAUUGUUAAAAAUGCGUAAUUCUCUUCACUUUUAUCGUUCUGUUUACAUGUAAAAUCAUAGUAAUUUUACAAAAAACAAUGAAGAAAGACUUUUUAGAAUAUGUUCUAUAUUUAUAGAUUUUACUUUUUAAUUCAACUAUAUAUUAAAGCUAUAUAUUAUCUCAGUACCCAUCCGUGCAUACAAAGUGACAGAAACUGUACAUUUCAGUAAACUGUUGCAUCUCAGUAAGACCUUUAUGUCCAAGUGUACAUGGUGAAUUGUUUUCUUUUAUUUCAAAUCGGUAAGAUGACCCUCAGAUGAUUGUUAGUAUUAUUGAUAUUUGUAAGAAUAACAUUUCCAUGAUGUUGAUGUUACUCGGAGACUGUCUAAGACGCCUGUCAUCUGUACAGUUGAAUACUGUUUGAAAUGUGUUUAUUGGAUACAGCAUCACAGUUUGAAAAAUGUUUCCAUUUUAAGUUAUUUUUGAUGAAUUGCAAUAUUAGUUUUUAGUUUUUCUGUUCUUCUUGAUGUAGAAUUAUGUACAAAAUGAUGUUUGUUUGUUGACAAUUGAAAUGGAACUCCAAAAAGAAACGUUGGGUUCAAGUUCUAUAACGUUUCGUCUGUAGUAUACUUGUAUAUCCUUUCAAAGAUGCACUGCCACAUAUUCGUUCCCACUUUGUAGACACAAAUAGGCAUAAACUGAACUUAAAGACUCCUUAAGCCGGCAGAAGUCUGAGCUGUCACAUGCUAUGGAUGUACAGAUGUCAAGGGGACGGCCGGUGCGGAGGCUGAAAGAGAACGGGGUUAGUUGAACAAGACUGUGUUUGCUAUUCAGCCACAGGCAGGGAUUUGGAGAAAUCGAAGAGAAAACGGGGAAAGGGGCACAUUAGGGAUGCAUGUACAUAUGUAAAUGAUAAAUAGAGACACGUUAACAGAAAUGUAUUCAUUUUCCCCAGGGGAAUAUGCAUUGUGUAUUUAGACUCUGUAAAGCUUGCAUCCUCGAAUCACAAUCUAAAUUGGGUAAAAUGAAUCUGUGUUUGUUAGCGUCUGUGGAACCUCUCAGCAUUUGUUCACUUUUGUAAAAUAUUCAUCCCACAUGACUGAGGAAUUUGGGAAGGGAAUAAAAAGAGACACAUUUGUUAUACAUUUGUGUAAUAUUUAGCUUACGUCUAUUGCUCCAUUUCUUGUGUACUUAAUAAGGUGCUACAGAAAAUAAUGAAGUAAAUCCUGGGGAAUAAUUUGGAAAAACCGGGGCCAGGAGCGGUUCCAACAGAUUGUAACCAAAAUCCAGAGUUUGUACAAUUUUGAUAUCAUGAUCAGGAAAAUGUAAAAAAUGAGGUACAAUCUGAGGUGAUUGGCGCCAAAUGUUGCAGAUGUCUUUGCUUGUACAUUCUGUUGUACAAUCAUUUCAUAUUCUAAACUGGUCAGAAGAAAAAAAUGACGAAAAACUAAUUGUGAUUUUUAGUCUUGCAAAACUGUAUGUAGUUAGAUGCUGUGACAUCCUAAUAUUUAUCUAAUAAAUAUGUAUUCCGAUGAAA